AUGACCUUCCAACUGAAAACCACAGCUCAUCUCCUCGACCUGCACUGCACUGUAGGCCUGAUGGACUGGGACAUGGACAAGGAGCUGAAACUGGCAACAACCACCGACCAGUUUUACCACGAUGACAACCUGAAUGAUCAGUACAUGGUCCAGAGGCCUCCUGCAAGAGCCUCGAGAAGAAAAGAUGAAUUCAUUUUUUACGAUAAAACAUCAGACACCUUUGUGAAGCCAAACCUGUGGCUGAUGGUGAAUCCUAACAUCGUCUGCCCGGUCCAGUACGGAGCAGCUCUGCAGACUCCCUGUGGACCUGCAGGGGAAAUCCAAACACCUGCUGAGACCCAACAUCCACCUGCAGCAGAGCUCCACAUGUUUGCCCCUGAUGAAGCUCCUCUCCAGGAGGAACUGCUGCACUCAGUGUCCUCCUCCACUGAAUACAUGAUCAAGAAUGAAGACGUCUCCUGUCGACCAGCCAGGAACAGAUGCAAGGGGAGGACAACCAAAGCCAAGGACACUAAGGCCGUGAAGCCGGGAUGCUGGCCUCGUCCACCGGUGAAUUACUGCACCCUCAUCGCCUUGGCGCUCAAGAGCAGCCACGCUGGGAGCCUCAAAGUCCAGCAGAUUUACAACUUCAUCAGAGAGCACUUCCCCUUCUUUCAGACGGCUCCGGACGGCUGGAAGAACACGAUCCGACACAACCUGUGCUUCAACAGCAGCUUCCGCAAAACCUGCAACCAGCUGGGCAGAGAUGGGAAGAGGAAGUCGUGCUUUUGGCACCUGACUCUGGACGGCCAGCGCCGGCUGGAUGACGAGAUCCGCAUGUUGACAGGAGAAUCCCUCAAGCGGCUGGAGAAGAGCAUGUGCCACCCAGAUAAAAUUCAGAGUUUAAUUGCACUGUGACGGCAGUUGAAAAAGUCUCAGUGCAUAAUUAAACUUAAGACGCAG